GAAAAUGGCCAUUCUUACGUUCUCUAAAUACACUUAUAAGAACUAGUCCUUCAAUUAAACCUUCUUUUAAAGCAAGAAAAUUUUCUUUAGCUGGUGACAAGAAAGCAACUUUAAAUCUUCAAGGAGAGCCUCAAAAGUUUCCUGAAGAAG